AGUGGUGAAGCAGCAGGUCGAAGAACAAUCGGAUUUUUGGAACGGACUCGCGGUUACGGUUUUUUUUAUUGCUUCUUCGUCGUGUCGCGCUGGACUGUGAGGAACACUUGACGGUGUGUUUUUUUUUGGUAUUGUAAAGGUUUUUUUAUCAAGUUUAACGUAUUUCAACUACUGGUAGUGCAACGAUUCAAUGCACCUAAUCCGAAGAAGAUAGAUGAAUUCUGCUGUGUCUCACGAGAUGGAUAUCGUGUUGGAAGCCUUCCGAAGUUCCUGACGUGUUGAAAAAGAGUUUCCGUUCGCACGAGCACCUCUUUGUAUGUGGAUGUGUGUGCGCGAAAUAUUCUCGGCCUGUUAUUAUUAUUGUUGGCUGCAAGUCGCGAAAGAAUUCUGCGAAUCGCAAAGGUCUACCUCCCGUGUGGAGUGACAGCCGACUUUUUCGUGCAGAUAUCCGGAUUACGGCGAUUGGAGACAUCAUCGAUUAGCGAGGAAGCAGCCGUAAAAUGUAAUAGAAUUGUUUUCAAUAGUUGAUGGUUAUAGUUUUGCUCCUGAAAAGUGUCACGCCAUUCUGAAUAAAAGAUCCUUCAUGAAAUGAGUUCAUACUUUUCCCGAUAAGAGCGUAAAGUGUCUGGUUGGCCUUGACCGGUAAAAGUUGAUAACCGCACGGGUUCCCUGACCAGGGGUUUGCUCGUUCUACAACAAUUAGGCAUCAUACUAUUUUCGUAGUCGGUUGUCCCCACUGGUGUGUCCAAAGUUUCCAUGGAUUAAAUAAUUCAUGCGAAGAAUAGUGUUCGUAUUGGUGCAUUUCUGUUUUGUUCCACGCUACGCGAAGAAGAAGGCAAAGAAUUGCUGGCUGAGUGAGAAAUAAAUAAGCCUACUGUGGCUUUUAGUCAGAAGCAGUCUUCGGCGAGAGGAAGAAAAAGAAGUGCUACAUUGUGAGUGUGUGCAAGUGCCUAUAGUGGUUGUUCCGUACCCCGAACACACGGUGUACAAGUCGGAAAGAUCGGGAGGUCAAAGUUGGCUCCCAUCAAGUUCCUCCCUCGAAACAAUUCAAUCUCGAGUAGUGGCACAGUGGGUCUGUCGGCGCACACUGACAUAGUACAGCCAUCCACUGGACUGGACCGGACUGGACGAUCGUAAGUGGAUCGGUUGCCGCAGCAGCAGCAGCAGCAGGCACUGCCAAAAUUGCAUAAUACACAUGUACAGUAUGGCAAUGUUUGGCAUGGAUCAAAGCAACCAACAUUGACAGGAAUUGUAAACGUUGAACAAUAUUCCGAACCGUUUUGCGACCCCAUGUUGCGCCCUAAAAUUGGCAAUGAAUAGACGACCAUCAUCAUCGUCGAUCAUCGAUAUUAUUAUCGCCAACGUCGUCGCUUGAUGUUUCAACAGUGGAAGCGAAAGGGUUACAGUCUGCAAAGUCUACAGUCGAUAAACAGGAGUCCAGAGUAACUGGAACAACAACCGCAAAACCCCACAGAAUAAACUGAUUUUGCUUUAGUAAGAGAUACGAUAUGAACAGUCAACAAUACCGAUUGGAUUCGUUACGCACCUGAAAUAAUUACCAACGAUGAUAAAUUGCUACUGUUGUGAUGUGUGAUUUAAUCUAUAUUUCUAUCAAUCAACAACCCUGCGUGAAGUACUUUAGAUAGAUUCUAAUGAAAAUGUUCAUUUGGUAAACAAAUACUAGCCUCCGGAACGUCGAAACGUCGAUCAAAAAAAUGUCCAACAACCAAAGCCAACAGUGCCAGCCACUACUGCACAACUUCCUCAGUCGCUAAAAAGUCCGUACCGGAAAACCUCUCCCGUCUAGCAUCAAACCUACCAAAAAAAAGGCCCUUCUUUCAAACGGAACACGACUUGACCACUAUGAAGCCUCCAACCGGUGAAGAAAAACCCCGAACCAGCAAACAGCAGAAUGAUGGGAUUCCUACGACUCCUACGUCGGCUCCCGGCCUGGGAUCUUCUCCGAUGGCUUCGAUAUCGACCCAGACACACACACACGGAAGCGGAAGUUCCCGGAUGAAUCCUCCGGCGAUGACUGCGAAUGCCUCGUCGUCAGCCAAUUCCAGUCCCGGAUGUUUCAUCAAACCGUCACUGUCACUCAAUUCGUUGCCUCCGCAAGGCCCUCCCGAGGGUUCCGAGAUGGCACAGAACAGACUGAGAAUCGAUCGGCCAUAUAACAGUUUAAAGAAAAAACGCGACUCGGAACGGGAACUGUGGCGCCGGUCGUGGGGCAGUGGCCAUAGCCAUAGCUCCUGCAGUUUGCAGAGUAGCACCACGACCGGCAUCGGGAAGGACGAUUUCUGGGCGGCACUUCAAACCAACUACAACUUUAUCAUGGACACAAACCUGCUCGACAGUUGCCGGGAAGCUCGUGGCGAAAUCGAAGGUCCUGUCAUCCGAGCCGAGGAGGACGACGUCGACUGCUAUCGGAAGGCCAUGUACAAUCCAUCACCGAUGCAAACUUUCUACGGCGAUCCACGGCUGCUACGGCAGUGGAUCAAAGAGAUGGAAACCCGCCUCUCGCGGGUUUCCAGCUCGUCCGUGACGGAGAUCAAGAAGAUGAAGAUGGAGCAGCUGUUGAGGCUCUCGGGAGAACAUUCGGAAAUCUACCGUGAAAUAAAAUCCAAUUCGCGAGCCGUUGCAGCCUGCGUACGUGCGUACGAGAAAAAAUCGGCCAAGGCGAGUAAAUUUUCCGGCAACAUCUCCGGGGUCAACAGUGUUGCCUCGUCCUCGACGGCCACAACCGCCGGAAACAGUAGCAGCAGUACCGGACCACCGUCCGGAUCGGGAUCACUGAUACCGGAAGUGGACGCACAGCCGAGCACCUCGGCAGUUUAUUUCCAACCCACGACCCACCGAAAGCCCACCGAUCGGAGCUUCCCGGAGGAAAAGUUGACUGCCGUGAAGCUCAGCAGCAAGGCGAAGGAGAACAGCAUUGUCAAGGGGCUGCAGCGACGGUAUCUGCUGCUGUACUUGAAGGCAUUCGAGUUCCAAUUGCUGCUGGAAGGACUGCUGGAUAGUAAAACUUCGAGCUCUGAUAACAACGCCAGUCUCUCUGACACGGAUGAGGAGCCCGUUAAUAAAUUAGCACGCCUUAGCAAUUCCAACAAGUCAAAAUCCCCCGGUUCGCCACAGAAUGAGUGUUUGAGCGACGAAGAAUGGGUUAACGCCAAGAAACUCUCGAACGCUGGUUUCGAUGCCGAUUCCGAGGGUAGCGACUGUGAAAUUGUGCCUAAAAUUAUCAACUAUCACACCCUGCAGCACGUUAAUCCCUGUAGUCCAGCGACGACUACGUCAGUCACGACACACACACCGUCGACACCAUCCUCACCACCAUCCGCUACGAAUCCGCUGCUUCCGGAGGUAGCGACUGCGAGUCCUAUGAUGAUGAUGGAAACAGACAUCGGCAAUCUGUCGACCAACACGAUCGUUACUAUCGCUAGUACCAACACGACGACGGCCAGUACCACAACGACGCUUGUGACCGGUGCCCCCGCGAGUGGCAAACUGUUUAGUGAGGAUCUGAUCGAUGGGAUCAUUCGGGAAGCGAAUGCCCAAGACCUGAUUAACAAUAACCGGGACAACCACAGCGCGACGAAUGAAAUCACCAAUCAACUGAGGGGUAAAACUUCCUCCCCGAAACAAUCGGGCAAACAGAAACGCACCAAACCCAACGAUCUGUCCAAGUUCAAUCGAUCAACGAGAAAAUCGAAAAAUUGUGCCACAUUUUACUUUAAGCACCUGGAUACCGACUCGGAGUUGAACAAGGAUUCGAGUGAGCGCGCCAAAUCGGACGAAACGUCCAGCUCGUCGGAGGGUGACGAGUGGGUGUACAACAAUGGCGACGAAGGCGCCCAAGAGGGUGGUGAAAGUAGCCCGGACAGUUCCGGUUCCGAUCCGGCAGCAGUCCGUUCGAGUGGCGGUCAGGUGAUACCACUCGGGGACGAAGAUGAAAAGGAGAACAAACCGCAUGGUGGUGGUGGUGGUGGCGAAGAUAACAAACCGGACGGCACAAAACUAACGGGUUCCGGUACUGCCGGUCCAACGUUGACCACCACGGGAAAAGAGUUGAAAUCGAAGAAGUGUUUGGACUUUUCCCCGGAUGCUUUGGCCGGUAUUAAUCUUAGCAGCCGUGCCCUGAUGAUGACUUCGAUCGGUUCGUUCGGCAAGAGUUCCGACUCGGUGGAUAGUGGCGGUAGAGGAUCAGCGAUUAUCACGUCUAAGCAGCAGCAGCAGUAUGCGACCAGUUCGAUCCAACGGUUAGUGCUACACGCGGAAACACUGGUACGGGACGAGAUUUUCGCGAAAACCCCGAAAACUGUGGUGAAAAAUCCGCACUACCAUCAUCACCACCAUCACCACCACAAUCAUCGUAACUAUCACAAUCAAACGUACCAACAGCAGCAGCACCAGGGAGGAGGAGGUGGCAGCGGCCCCCAUCAGCUACAUUCGUCGUCUGCAUCGCGUCUUCACGCGACACUUACCGGUAUCGGUGGUGUCAGCAGCCACAACAGCGUCGUCGUCAACAGUUCCGGCAAUCGGAAGGUGGAGAAAGUGAUGAGCAAUCACAAGAUCAACCGGAUUGAGGAAUGGCUCGAAAAGCAACCGCUGGACGUGGCAGCCACGGCACCGUUGCUGCCCGGAUCGGGACCAACGACGGACUGCGAAGCGUCCGGUGAGUACACCGAUUCCGAUUCGAUUACCCGUGACACGGACAGCUCGGAAGGGCUGGCGAAUUCGGUUGCGACCUGCCUGCAAGGCGAUCAGACCUCGCAGGAGCUGCUGACGGAUAAUGUGUACCCCUCGGAGACAUCGAUCGUGUCCAACGAUGAAGUGGAAUCGAAAAACAACUCCACCUCCAAUGCGUCACUGCAGGUGAAGCGACGGGUCAACAAGCCAUCCGGCGAAAGACCCUGGUCGGUGUCUUGCAUUUCUCAGCUGAACACCUCGGCCGUGGAGAUCAAUCAGUACGGUGAGCGAUUGGAGAAACAUCAGAACCAACGGCUGCUGACGGCAAGUUUUUCGAUCAGCGAAUCGGCACUGAACACGAUGUCGGCAAUGCGCAGUUCGCUGAAGUCGACCCCGGGAACUGGUGCCGGUGCGACGAUGGCAACCAGUAGCAGCGGGGGUGGCAGCCAGCAACCGCUGAUGACCAAGAGCACCGACAGCAAGGGUUCACUGAAGAAACGAAAGCUGCGCUCGAGGAGGAAGAAUCGCAUCGACGAGUCCGGUUCUGACGAAUCGCAACCCCCGACGCAGCAAUCAUCGGCGCUGCAUCUUUUGCAGCAUUCGCUUAUCCUUCAACACCAGCAGCAGUUGCUUCAACAGCAGCAGCUGCAGCAGCAGCAACUGCAACAACCUUUACGGGAAAUUCAACUAUCGGCCGGAAGCAGCAGCGGUAGUGGUCGCCAGCAGCACUAUCUGUCCAACAGUAGCCAUCGGGGAAGUCUGCUCAAGUCCGAGUCAUUCUCCGGUCGGAUUCGGCUGUCGGACGAUUUGGUCACGCUGUCGUCACUGUCCGGCUCGUCUGGAUCCCGCAAAUCGUUCUCUGCCCGGCAGACGACGAGGGGAACGACCAUGACGACGACACUGAUGGCCACGGUUUCGACGAAGAAAUCCACUGCGGAUAGCGAGGAGGAACAGCAACAAUCGGCAGCACUGAUGGCGAAGCCUAACUUUAAGAUCGGUUCCAGUGUGACCCGGGCCCGCUGCGGCAGUGUCAAUCUAGGAUCAUUAGCUGCGCUGGCUAAUUAUAAUCUAGAUGGAGUAGAGCGGGCCGAAACCGAUCAGAACGGAACCGGAACUGGCACCGAGGAGAUGAGUAGCUUCUCGGAGCAAGCGUGGGAUAACUACCAGGAGAAGUACAUGAGCGAACCGUACUCCGAGGAUCGCGACACGGAUGCGGCCCGGCGCUUGCUGGACUUUGGCGAUGAUUACCGAAACUUUAUCGAUUCCCAGUCGGACUGUGCAUCGUCGUCGUUGUCGGCUGCGAACAUGGAUUCGCUGUCGCCGCCACGACUGCGCAAGAACGAUCCGCUCGGUAAGAGUUCGGAACCGAACGCGAACUCACUGAACCGACGGAAGCGACUGGAUGAGUACCGGAUGGAUGAUCGAUACAGUCACAACAUGCACUCCUGGUCGAGCAAAUCGGGCAGUCCACCGCACCACUCGCUUGAAAAAACAAUGACGGUACGAGGUAAGCAUCACGUCCUGUACGAAAGCCCCGAUCAAUCGGGAAGCGGCGGCGGAGGAGGUGGUGCUGGUGGUGGCGGCGGUUCUGGACUGACAGGAGGAAAUGGACGGCGUCGGUCACUUCGCUCGGUCGACAAACACAACACCUUCCUGCGGUCGUUGUCGCACGAGACGAGCUCCAGUUCCAACAACGAAUUCGACGAGGACAUGGAAGCGGAAGUGAAGAAACUGCUGAUCCAGAGCAAGCUACGCUUCGCCAACACCGAGGCCCUCAAGGCGAAGUCCCAUCUGCUCAAACCGGAGGACUAUGACGAAAUCAUCAAAACAUGCCGGGAAAACGUACGCUGCCUGGAAACGGUGCUGCUGUCCCAGCCGGGAACGGUUCUGACGGCUGCCAAGUGUCAGGAUUUACGAGAUACCGUUCUCUGCUGGGAGAACCUGCUAAGCUGGAGUGAGCGAAGACAAGUCACCACCCGCUUCCAGUCGGAGAUUCUAUCGCAGAAGGAUGUUCUGGAAGAUCUGGGCUGCAAGGCGUUCGAUUUCUCGUCGGAGGCACACAUACAGCUUGCCAUCGAUCAGUUGAAGAACGAACGCAAAGUGCUGCAGAACCAGCGGCCCAAAAUGUUGACGUUGAACGCGACCGUCCACAGCUGGGUUUCGGCUCAGGAGCUGCAGCGAAAGGAACUGUUGGACGAGACGUCGAUCGAAGCCCAGCUGGAGCAGUUCGAACGGGACAAAAAUUUCAGCAAAUGUGCGGAUCAAAAAUGUGGUGCCUGUUACGAUUGUCUGAACGAGCUUCGUGAGGAUUGCAGCAUCAACCGGGAGCUGAAGGAGGGCAUCAAUCAACUGUACAGCACCUGGGAUGAGGCGGAAGUGAGAAUAAGAAAUCGAAUUGAGAAUCUUACCAGCUCGAUGAUGACCUGGAAGCAGCUGGAGGACGGUUUGAGUGAUUUCAAGGACAUUCUCGACCGUGAUCGUGGGAAACUUCAGGGGAUUGAAGGGGCCCUGCAAAGCGGGGCCGGAAGAACCGACGAAAUGGUCAAUAGUGUCAAGGAAGUGGUUAAAGCUCUGUCCGAGAAUGUUGAGCCGCUUUUUCAGGAACAUAAUGUUUCGAUUCCGGUCAAUCUUAAGCUCUCGUCGAGUGGGUCUCUGUCUGAUAGUGGCAUUUCCGAUGGUGGUGGCAUGUCUGACGGUAGCCUGUCUGAGCGCGAGAAGCGACUGAGUGCCCUGAAGCGGCUCGUCAAACAGCUGGAGGUGGCACUGGCCCCAGGAAGUGAGGCCAUGCAGACGAUCACCAAGCGGUUGGAAAUGGCCGAGCAUGAUUUGCGAUCACUGCAGAACACCUGCCGGAAGAUCAUCAUGAACGAAAAGGAUGGUCCCAGUCGAAACGGAGACAUCGAUCAGCACGACGAGGGAAGUAACUUCAGCAACAACAACGACUCGAGCGUUAAAAACAAGAACAAAAAUAAGCAUGGAAGCAAAAAGAACCGCAACUCAAGUCCCGGCAAGUCCCGGCUGCAGCCGUCGCUGGCAGAAACCGAUUCCGAGGAAAACCACCUUUACCAGGAAGUACAAAAGGAAGCCCUAGGCGAACAGCAGCAGCGCGCCCGCGAUCAGCAGGAACAUUUCCAACGGACGGCGGCCACUGCCCAGUUGGGACUGAUUCAAACCACCAAGUUGAAACUGUCCCAGAACCGUUGGGUUUGGCGGAUUACCAAGAUUGCCGUUCCGGUGCAGUUGGCCCUGGUGCUGGUGAUGUGUGCGGCCUGUUUCUUCGAACCGCACUGCUGCGAUGCCCUCAAUACCUAUUCGAUGAGUUUUACGCCCCAGUUGCGCUACAUCAAGGGACCGCCACCGGUUUGAGCAGUCAAAAAAAGGGGCCAAUGAGGGAACGUGGGUGCAGUUUUCCUUCGCGCAAAGCGGGGGGAAAGCGAAUGUUUUGUUUAUUCUUUUUCCUUUUAAACGGAUAAUUUUUAUAUCCUGGAGAUAUAGCAGUCGUGCAUUACUUAGUGUUUAAGAAGAGACCAUUUUUAUCAAAUCAUAUUUAUAAACAUAAUCAGAUUUAUUUUCUUUAUUUGUUUAGACUAGAAAACAAAAACAGAGUACCGUGUGAAUCUAAAUCGACUUAAAAAAGGACACAGACGCAGAACAAACAGCAUCUUGCAAAAGGUAAUUUUCUUCUUCGUUUAAACUUGCCACAGAAUGAGUGAAACCAACGAAUGUGCCUUCUGCAAAUUUACCACCACAAACUACAAAAAAACAACAAAAAAGCAACCUUAAGAGUAAGAGUUUGUUUAUGAAACAUUCACGCUCUUGAAAAUAGCAUUAUAGAUUGAUAAACCUACAACUAAAAUACACGUUCCUUCGAGUACACUAGAAGAAAAAUUUCUGCCUGCUUGCAGUUCGAUUUGUCGGGGGGGAAAAUCCCCCAACGAAAAAUUUAAAUUAAAACUUUUUUAUGUUCUAGAAAAUAAAACAAAACACUAUCUAUCCUUGGCGUUAGUACCCAAAAACGGCGGAACCCUAUCAGUUGUAAAUUUAUGCUAUCGUUUACUAAAUACCGGAUUUUCCCUACGUAGGACUAGUUUUUUUUUUCUGUGUAAAUCGUACAUUCUACUACUACUUCUAAUGUUUUGUGUUCUAAUUCCAACAAGGGACAAAAUUUGAGUAACGCAUUUUUUUCGCGUGUCCCUCCUUUCUAAGAUAGUUCAUCUUUAGCGCAGUGAACGGAACGGCAAAUAAAUGGAACAUAAAUGUUUAUAUUUUUAA